UACACUUUCCCCACCUCUCUCUCUCCCCUUUCUUCCACAUUAUUCUAUUUUCCUUUUCUCCCCCUUUAUCUCUCUCGCGAACCUUCUAGACUCACCACAAUUAUGCGCUUUCAAACUACCGCUCCCUCGCCUCUCAAUUAUUCCUUACCAGAUCUGCUCUAAUCACUCGUAUACAUUCACGUUUUUUUCUACACAUUUCAGUGGAUGCAAUGGCUCCGCCGCCGGUCAAUGGCGGAGAAUCCAAUACGGCCGAGUCUUCCAGAUCUCUUCCGACGCCGUUUUUGACCAAAACGUACCAGCUCGUCGAUGAUGCUGCGAUUGACGAUAUUAUCUCCUGGAAUGAAGACGGAUCUACGUUUAUCGUCUGGAAUCCAACUGAAUUUGCUCGAGAUUUGCUGCCUAAAUAUUUCAAGCAUAAUAAUUUCUCCAGUUUUGUCCGUCAGCUAAAUACAUAUGGAUUUCGCAAGGUAGUGCCUGAUCGGUGGGAGUUUUCGAAUGAUUGCUUCCGUAGAGGCGAGAAACGUCUUUUACGUGAUAUUCAGCGUCGGAAAAUUGCUAAUUUAGCUGUUGCUACUGCUGCUUCUCAGCCACCAGCUGCUGCGGCUGCGGUUACUGUUGCAGUAGCAUCACCUGUUCAGUUUGUGCGGACGAUGUCACCGACUGAUUCGGGCGAGGAACAAGUCAUCUCAUCGAAUUCUUCACAGGCAAUUGCUAAUCAGCUGAAUAGAGAUUCAGUUCCGACUACUAACACAGAGCUUGUUGGUGAGAACGAGCGAUUGAGGAAAGAGAAUAUGCAGCUCAACAAAGAAUUGAGCCAGAUGAAGAGCUUAUGUAAUAAUAUUUAUGUAAUGAUGUCUAAUUAUGGUAAUAAUAAUAGUAAUAAUACUAGUGCUAAUCAGGCUGAGAGUAGUUCCAAGGAGCAGGCGGUUUUGAAACCACUGGAUCUUUUGCCUUUGAAGCGGUACUGUGAUGAUCUAAAGAUAGGAAAUGCACGUUCAGAACCUGAGGAGGAGGAUGAACGGAGUCCGAGAUUAUUUGGUGUUCCGAUUGGGAGUAAACGUGCGAGAAGUGCUGAGGAGGAGGUGAAAUCAGAGCCAUUGGAAGCGGAGGACAACAGUGGUGGCGACCCUGGUGUUGAUGAUCAGGAUAAGCCCUUGGGCUUGGGGCCAUGCCAACAGCGAAGUGUGGCUUCUGAUUAGAUUAGGAUUUUAGAAUAGAAAAUGUUGAAGCAUGUGCUUCAUGAGACAAACUUGUUUGAAGCUGAGGAAGCUUCUGUAACUUUAGUAAUACUUCUCUCUUUAUAUUUGAUGUUUGUGUAAAGAGUGGUAAUAUACAACUAUGUAUCUUAAGGUUCUUUUUGUGUUA